CGGCGCAGCACAGAGAGGGCUAGCAGGUCCCGAUGGAGGGUUGGAGAAAGGCCGCCUGAAUCCCUGUUGAAGGGGAGGACUGAGACACUAUAUUCGUGUUAGCGGAGAAUGGCAGAGAAAAGGACUCUGUGUUGGGAGUGAGAGGAUCCCCUGUACUAGGAGAGAGAGAGAAGAUCCCUGAGCUGGGGCGAGAGAGAGAGAGAGAGAGAGAGAGAGAGAUAGAGAAAGAAAAGAUCCCUGAGCUGGGGCGAGAGAGAGAGAGAGAGAAAGAAAGAAAGAAAAGAUCCCUGAGCUGGGGCGAGAGAGAGAGAGAAAGAAAGAAAGAAAAGAUCCCUGAGCUGGGGCGAGAGAGAGAGAGAAAGAAAGAAAAGAUCCCUGAGCUGGGGCGAGAGAGAGAGAGAGAGAGAGAGAGAAAGAAAGAAAAGAUCCCUGAGCUGGGGCGAGAGAGAGAGAGAGAGAGAGAGAAAGAAAAGAUCCCUGAGCUGGGGCGAGAGAGAGAGAGAAAGAAAAGAUCCCUGAGCUGGGGCGAGAGAGAGAGAGAAAGAAAAGAUCCCUGAGCUGGGGCGAGAGAGAGAGAGAGAAAGAUCCCUGAGCUGGGGCGAGAGAGAGAGAAAGAAAAGAUCCCUGAGCUGGGGCGAGAGAGAGAGAAAGAAAAGAUCCCUGAGCUGGGGCGAGAGAGAGAGAAAGAAAAGAUCCCUGAGCUGGGGCGAGAGAGAGAGAAAGAAAAGAUCCCUGAGCUGGGGCGAGAGAGAGAGAAAGAAAAGAUCCCUGAGCUGGGGCGAGAGAGAGAGAAAGAAAAGAUCCCUGAGCUGGGGUGAGAGAGAGAGAAAGAAAAGAUCCCUGAGCUGGGGCGAGAGAGAGAGAAAGAAAAGAUCCCUGAGCUGGGGCGAGAGAGAGAGAAAGAAAAGAUCCCUGAGCUGGGGCGAGAGAGAGAGAAAGAAAAGAUCCCUGAGCUGGGGCGAGAGAGAGAGAAAGAAAAGAUCCCUGAGCUGGGGCGAGAGAGAGAGAAAGAAAAGAUCCCUGAGCUGGGGCGAGAGAGAGAGAAAGAAAAGAUCCCUGAGCUGGGGCGAGAGAGAGAGAAAGAGAGAGAAAGAAAAGAUCCCUGAGCUGGGGCGAGAGAGAGAAAGAAAGAAAAGAUCCCUGAGCUGGGGAGAGAGAGAGAGAAAAGAUCCCUGAGCUGGGGAGAGAGAGAGAGAAAAGAUCCCUGAGCUGGGGCGAGAGAGAGAAAGAUAGAGGAAAAGAUCCCUGAGCUUUGGCGAGAGAGAGAAAGAUAGAGGAAAAGAUCCCUGAGCUGGGGGCAGAGAGAGAGAGAGAGAGAUAGAUAGAUAGAGAAGAGAUCUCUGUGCUGGGGCGAGAGAGAGAAGAUCUCUGUGCUGGGGUGAGAGAGAGAGAGAGAGAGAAAAGAUCCCUGAGCUGGGGGCAGAGAGAGAGAGAGAGAGAGAAAAAGAUAGAUAGAUGGAUGGAUAGAUAGAUAGAUAGAGAAGAGAUCUCUGUGCUGGGGUGAGAGAGAGAGAAAAGGACAGACAAAGUCAGACAGUUCAGAGUUUUCUCUUCCCUGCUGGGAGCGACAGUAGAGAGAUCUCGACUCUGAAUUGGAGUGAGUGAGAGGGAUUUGACUGAGCCUGUCUUUAAGGUUUUCUAGAGAGAGAGAGAGAGAAGGUUGGGGGUGAGUGAUGACACGUGUAUAACUGUAAUUUAUGCAGAGUGUGAGGCCAGAUCCUGUACGCUUUUACUUAAUCAGGGACAGAAUGCGAAAGAAAGAGUAUUUGGGCUUCAUAAACCGGGAAAUAGUGAGAAGGAAAGAGAGAGACUGAAGCCUGUACGUUUAGAAUUGAGGUGAAACUGAGAGAUUGGGUCCUGUGUAGUGAGAGAGAGAGAGGUUUGGGCUCUUGUACUGGGAGUGAGAGUCGAUGCAGUCUGGAUUUGAGAGGAAGGAAGAGAAAAUGACUGGAUCCUGGAUGCCGUGUGAAAGGAUAAAAUGAGAGCCUGUAUACCUGGAGAAAGGCAACUAGAUUGUCAAUACUGUGGGAAUGAGAGAAAGGAAGACAGAUUAGAUCCAUGUGUGUGUGAGAGCGAGUCCGAGAGGAGAUUAGAUUCUGUACACAGGGAGUGAAAGAGAGGGGAAGGUUAGGCCCUGUAUGCUCGAACGGAGAACGAGAAAGGAAACGUAGACAUUCUAUAUUGGGAGUGGGAGAGAGCUAGAAAGAUUAGACCCUGUAUGUUGGCUGUGUGUGUGUGUGUGUGUGUGUGUGUGUGUGAGAGAGAGACACACACACACACCAGGACCACACUUUUUCUACUGAGUGUGAGGGAGAGAAACGCCUAUACUGUACAUGGGCAGAGACAGACUGGACACCCUGUUAACUUCUACCAGGAAAGAGAAAGGGCCCUGUUUACUUGCUUCAGGCUGUGAGUAUAAGAGAAGGAAUGACAGAACUUGUGAUCUGGCACUGACCCUUGGAAAGGAAAAGUGAAGAUCUUCUGUGCUAUGAAUUGAGAGAAAAUAUAAAUGAAACUUGUGCUUAUACCCAUUCCUAAAGGUGGAAAGAAUACACUCUCCAUCCUGUUUGGUAGUAGAUCAGUGGAAACAAUAGGUUUACCAAACUCUUCACCAGGUGCUGGAUAGUGCUAUUCCGGCAAACGAGGAAUUACCCCUGUGUAUAUUCCAGGGUUUGCCAUCUUGGUUUGGCUUUGGUCAAUUAUAAUUUAGUGGGAACUGUCUCAUUUUUGUGACGAGUCAGAGCCAACAAGGAAUCCCUGGAUCUCUGUCGAGUGUUGGGACUUCAGGGCUCUGCUUCAAACAUCUGAAGGGGUGAUUGUAAUGAUGGAUGAGUGUGAAGAUGUUUCCAUGGCUCUCAGUCCUGACUUCUGUCCGAGCUUCCGACUGGGUUCCAGGAAGUUGCUGUCUGUGAUCCAGGACACCUCUAUGCCCUUCUCCCCUGUGCCUACGACCUCUCCCAGUUGCACAGUCAACACAAGUAACCUUAGCUCCUCUGAUGGUGAGACUCCAAGACGUUGCCUGGAUAUGUCGAACCUGAGUAUUGGCAGUGAGACAUCAACAUCUCCGGACUACAUAGGCAGGGGUCUAUGCCUAGACUCACCCGGCCUUACUGAUGCAAGUGAAUUCAAGCUGCCCACAGGAAGAGCACAGCCACUUUUGCCAAAAAUUCUCUGCAGCAGCCCGAUGUUCAGUGUGUCUGGUCAUCAGAGUCUGGUCCAGGACCAUGCAGAUUUCCAAAGUCUUGGACACAACAAGGAAAAUGAAGUAGAGUGGUUGAAACCACCCAUUUCCCGAACACCCAUGAUCCCGUUAGAAGAUCCCGAUGUCUGUGGAACAGCAUCUGCGAAGCCCUCUGUGCCAGACUCUGAAAUGGCAGGAGCCGGGAGCCCGAUGUGGACAGAAUCUCUCAGCCUGGAUGACCUGAUGAACGUAGAUGGGGUGUGUGGUGCGUUUUCAGAGCUGUCACAGCGUGACACCGAGGGAAAUCCACGUGUGACUAUGUCAUCCAGCAUGGCUGCUCUUUUCACCAGCGAUCUCAUGAACCAGACAACAAGUGUGAGCAAGGUCAGCGUGAUCGACUCUGUACACGAGAAGAUGCUGGUGUGUAAGGGUCGGCCAGGCUUAUUUCGGUCCCCCUCCUUACCUGAGAGGCUGCACAGACCCUUCCUGAAAAGACUGGAGCGAGUUGGGGAAAUGGAUCCUCCAGUGAAGAGUAAGCGGCAGAAGAGUUUGGACAGCGCGCUGGAGGAUGACGAUCAGGAGAGGGGAGGAAAUCGAUUCCUGAGCCAAGCAGUGACCACCUCCAACGUGGAUGUGACCAAACUUCUCGGGGAGGAGAGGAAUGCUGUAGAGCUGAUAGGGAACUUUUCCAAAGUGUAUGCAUUGCCCACAGUAAUGGGUAAGCACGGCGAUUUGAAAUACAUCUCUCCAGAAACGAUGGUGAAGGUUCUUUGUGGAGAAUAUGACCAUGUUUUGGAAGGAUGCUACGUCAUUGACUGCCGCUACCCCUAUGAGUUUGAGGGAGGUCAUAUCCGGGGUGCCCUGAACCUUCACAAAGCUGACGAUUGCGUGGACUAUUUCUUCAAGAAACCCAUUGUUCCCAGUUCCGAUGCCAAGAGGUUGAUAAUAGUUUUCCACUGUGAAUUUUCAUCGGAGCGUGGGCCGAAGAUGUGCCGGUUGGUGCGGGAGGAGGACAGGAGUCUGAACGAAUACCCGAACCUGUACUAUCCAGAGCUCUACAUCCUGAAAGGAGGCUAUAAGGCUUUUUUCCCUCAGUUUGUGAAUUACUGCGACCCUCCAAGAUACUGUCCCAUGGACCAUGAAGCCUUCCAGGAGGAGAUGCUGAAGUUACGGAGAAAGAGCAAGUCCUGGGCGGGAGAGCGUCGGAGGCGGGACCUCAUCUCCAGACUCAGGAAGAUGUGACCAGCUGAGAGGAGCAGCCAACGAACUCCCUCUCGCCUUUCGAUAGGUGCUGCCCUUUUACUGGUUUCCUCCAAAACUGGUCCUAAGCUAUUUUUGACCUUCCAAUUCUUGCAUAACCCGAUACAGCAGGGAAAGGACUGUCUAAAUCCUGCAACAUCAGAAAGCAGGACAAUUAUUACCAAGUGUCAAGUUGGUGCAAAGUGGAUUUGGAAGGCAAAAGAGUUUUUUUUAAUUUAAAACCACUUUCACUUCAAAGAAUUUUAUUUUAAGGAUAACCACAUUAAUUUAAUAGAAGCUCCUGGUUUUGACCUUGUGACAUUCUUUUUCUCUUGAUCCCCUGCUCAACAGGUCAGGCAGCACCCGUGAAGAGAAAUCAAAGUUAACGUUUCUGGUCCAGCGACCCUUCCUCAGAACCAGGCCACCGGACCCAAAAAUGUUAGCCCUGUUUUCUCUCAAGACCUUUUCUGGCAAUGUCUGUUUCUGGUUUAUAUAACCCUGGUUCUUUUUGGUUUUCACCACGAUGUUGGCCCUGCUGUAAAUUUCCAAUCUCACGACUCAGUUGGAAGAAUAGCUGGCUACGUGUCCACCUCUCUGAUCUUCCAUCACACAGUUGCCUUGAGCUAGCAGGGUUACAGAACUGGGAAUGGCCAGCUAUAGUAGACUUUCCCCUUGCACUAUGAGCAGAUGCUGCCAAACAGGUUUUGUUGUAUUCUGUCUCCCAAGCUGCCUUGUUGGUGCUAGAAUCUUCUGCAACAUCACAUUCCAUGUGGUACCUGCCCCUGGACCCUCUUAGAGCAUCUGUGGUAGAUGUCAGUGUUGUGUAAUGAGCAGUCAUCAAAACGGUCUACUUUCACCACCCUGCUGCUCUGUCAUGUGCCGUAGUUUCUCUCUGAUCACUCUCAAUGCCUGAAGGAGACGCCUGGGGCUGCUCUCAAUGUUAAACAAGAUGAUUCAAAAACCGGCUAUUGGAAAUUCUCAGCAGAUCUGACCGAACCGUUGGACCCUUGUGACUUUUCAUUGCAAGUCUGUUCUUGACUCCCUAUUCUCUCUCUGCAGAUGCUGCUGUGUUUCAGAUUUUUGCUUUUGAUUUUUGAAAACCGUCCAAUCAGGCUGUCAUGACAAAGUAAGGGGCUGGUACUUGUGCUGCUAUGGCUUUACCCGACAAGGCUCAGGGUGUUGUUUGACUGUGAAGGACGCGGGCAUGACCUGAUCCUGCCUGACAUGGACAUUGCAGCUGGCAUCCACUGGGCAGUGAGCUUUACACUGUGUGGAACACUCCUCUGUCCAAUGCUGCCCUGGCCAAUAUCAAUGAAUGCAAUACAACCCUUUGCUUCCCCAGCACUGGGAAGGCAAGAACCAAGUGAUGUACUUGCUUGCUGUAAGCUGUACCCACAUGUAGCAGCAAGUUGUGGGUCUGGUAUCUAAAACACUGCAUCAGUGUCUGUGUACAAUGCAGAAGCCAAGUACUUAGCAUUUAUAAUAGUACCCUGGUUUCCAUUACUUUAAUAUACAUUAAUUUGGUAAAAUCUUGAUUUCUUUACCAUAACAGCUAUUUAUUUCAGUUCAGGAAGACUUGCUUCUGGGUACAGAAAACUAAAGAACUGUGGUUCUUUAGUGGAAAUCUGAAAUAAGAUUUUCCUUUUUGGGGGGGGGGGAGAAAAAAAAGCACCUUUUUUUGUUUUUUAUCCUCCCUCUCCUUCUGUAGCUCUCACUUGAAGUACCAUUAGCCUUCUAUACACACACCCAUUCUCCCUCGGGGCUAGUGACUGCAUUGAACUGUUCCACUCUUUGGGUCAAACCUUUGGGUGAAGUUUGUUCCUAUCUUCACUUGGUCAGUGAUUUCUUGCAAAACUCACUGGACGGUGAUCACAGAUUUUCCCAGUUCCCUGAUGCUCCCACUCUAUCCCAAAGUUUAAGGGUCAGCAUAAUGCCAGAGGUCUGAUUGCUAGCUUGGUGAAAUGUAAUUUUUAUUUCAGACAGGAAGAAUUGGGUACGUUCAGAGACCUGUUGACCCUCAAACAUUUGGGAUCUUUUAUUUUGGAAGGGUCAGAUUUUAUUGUUGUGUUUAAACCCUUUUUACUUCCAGGUUGAAGUUUGGUUCGAUUUUUUUUUUAACUGGAGCUGGAUACUUUUAAACAAAAAUUUAAGGAGUGCAACUCUGAAAGGGGUUUUAUUUGAAGACAUAUAUAAUAUAGCGUAAAUGUUUUAAUUUGAUUCUUUUUUUCCCAAGGGAUGCAUAUUUAUAGACAAGUAAAACAGGCUCCAAUGAUGAAUGGGAUGCUGAGGAAAAAGCUGUUCAGAAAUUAUGUUGAUUUAAGUGUAACCAACUCUAAGAAGCUUGUGUAGAUUAGAUAGGGAUGAGGUAUCUUCACCUGGAUCGUCGUGAGGAACUCUGGGAAUACUCAUAGCACUGACUAUUUCUCCAUUGUUUUUCAUUCUUUGAGAAACCAUAUUAAGUGCCUGUAAACCAACAUACAAUGCUUUUGGGGCAGCCCAUAGCUACUGGGAAUCCAUCUCCUGCUCUAACACCAGUCUCUUCCAGUGGAGAGAGCAUUGCUUUAUUUGAAAGCUUAAUUCCUUCCGAGUGGGGCUAACUGUAAAUAACGCAGCUAACCUGGUUAGCAGCAACUCCAGCCAGACCCCCGAGGACGGCAAGGAGGAUGGUCGAGCUACAGGGUUGUAUAAAAUAUAUCUGUAAUCAUUCCACAUAAAUUAGACCUUCAUUUUCCCAUUCGUGGCAAUUAUUUCCUUUCAUUGACAAGUCUAGGAUCUGUCUUUGGUGCUGGAAUCAUGAUGUAGUUGAUCAGAUCCUGCGACCUAUUGGUCAGCCAGGGACGUACUAAUGAUUUUCCCCACUUCCACCCACUGGCACAAAGCCCAAUGUUCUAAUUAUUUCUGCAGGUAUGACAUCUCCCUGCCUUCCCUUAGAAUACACUUCAGACUUGGAGGGCUCAGUGACACACGUGUUAAUACUGAGACACUGUGUUUGCUGAGACGUGGGUUCCCUUCCCUUGAGUUCACCUCUGUGAUUGGCUUUGGAGUGAUUACAUUUCAAAGCUGGUGGAGAGAUACCGAGCUCUCUCUCUCUGUCUCUGCGCAUUCGCUCGCUCUCUCUUGAACUGAUCCUCUGAUACCCAUGAGGAAUGGAGCAGGGUUAGAUCCCGCUGCAGAGUGCUGGGUCUCCACAUUGGCUAGAUACCGACUAUCCACAAUGACAAAGUCAGUGAAUGCAGACUGCGGUCUCCAUGUGGUCAGUUUAUUUAAUAACUACUCCCUCAACCCUGUCCUCUUUCUUAUUCCCAACAUUGAACUUUUUUUAUAAUUAACUUUGCACUGUUUCUAUCUCUCCAUAUUGCUGCCUAAGGACUCUUUAAAAAAUGUGUAUUUUGUUGCAGUUAAAGCAGUGCUACACACUGGUGUGUACUUCAGUUAGCAUUGUUUUUCUUACAUGGCCAUUAAAAGUUUUUAUUUUUUAUUUUUAGUCCUCCUUUUAAUUGUCAUUGCUUUUCCAAAAUAACAAUCUCCAGUGUCCUAUUUGAAGCAAAACUGAGCCAAUCGCAGCCACUAGAUGCUCGUCAAUAAUUCAAUUCAAUAUCUGUGUAUAAACUAUUUCAAUCUAAAUGUAACUUUGCUACCUAGGGAUAGUGAUACACUUCAAUUUGUUGUAUGCAAUAAAAUCUGAGCAUUUGGCAGCGAG